AUGGCGUACCUGGGGAGCCGUGAUAGCACCUUAUAUGCAAGUGCUAUUAGCUUGCAGAAGGUCACGAAGGAGGAAAAGAGGAUUCGGGCAUCGUUUGUAGGACGACCCCAGCCCUACGAUCCUCCAGUCCAGUUCUCGAGGGGUGAACGACCUGUGGAGACUGAGAACGACCACAAGGCAACUCAAGACGACUCUAUGAUCAUCCCAGAGGAGUGGUCGUGUGUGCAGGAAACAGGUGAGAUUGCCAGCCAUCCAGUCACAACUACCACCACUUCGACCAUCCAUGAGACUAUCAAUACGACCACUAAGACCAUCCAAAUGAGUACUACCACAACCACGACCAUCUAUAACCUUACCUCUGCCACCACCACCACCACCACCCUGCCAGAGCCUCCACGUGAUGACAAUGCGCCGCCACAAGGUCACAGAGGCUGCCAGACUGCGCGGCGCCUGACUUCCUCCUCUCUUAGCUGCCCGGCGUGA